GGCAUUUGGCAACACUGGCGCUGCUAGGCACUGCAUCCCUGGAAGGCGGCAACUCUCACACACACAGUCGCAAAACUUUGAGUCCGUCGCGCAGUUCACAUCCAUGUCGUGGUUUUUGUUACUUUUCGUUGUUUUCGUCUGAGAAACUUAAAAUAAUCCUUUGCCAGCGCAGUGCGAUCAGCUCGAUGUAAUCGAAUAGCGUAAAGGAAACGCUCAACCGGCCUUAAUUCAAUAAGAUAAUUAGUUUUACCAUCGUUCACAUACUGUGGGUGUGUGUUAGCCUGAGCCUGUGUGGUGGUCGGAAUAACUGGACAUUCCGAAUUUGCGCAGUUUCGGCGAAACUUAACGGGCUUCCAAUUUCGAACUACGGAAUUACGGAGUUUUGCGACGUAAGGAAAUAUAGGCAAAUACGGAAUAGACAUGGCUCGCGACACUCAAGGAACCCAGGGAACCCAAAGUCAGGCCUCCAACAUCUGGACCCAAGUGGAAAGCCAACCGAUGGAGAAAAUCGUCUGGGGACGAUUGUACGGCAAAAAUAUUAAAAUCAAAUCGCUGGGUACGAGCUCAAAAUACCGAAUUCUUUAUACGCAUUCGUCCUUUUCUGUUGAUCUCAACAAUGACGAGUUCAGCGCAGGACGAGGCGAGACCAACGAUUUGAUUCUCACACUCAACGAUUUGCCCGAAAAAAUCCUGACGCGCAUUUCCAAAGUGCAUUUUAUCAUCAAGCGGGCAAAUUGCGAGCUUACCAAUCCAGUAUACAUACAGGAUCUCUCACGCAACGGGACCUUUGUGAAUAAUGAAAAAAUUGGAACAAACAAGAUGCGAAUCUUGAAGAACGACGAUGUCAUUUCCCUGUCCCACCCCACGUACAAAGCCUUUGUAUUCAAGGAUCUCAGUCCGAACGAGUCGAUCGGCCUGCCUGAGGAGAUUAACAAGACUUAUUAUGUUAACAAAAAGUUGGGAUCUGGAGCUUACGGCUUGGUCCGUCUUGUAUACGAUACCCGCACUUGCCAGCAAUAUGCAAUGAAGAUCGUGAAGAAGAAUAUGCUGUCGGGCAGUGCGCGACCCAGUACAAAUUUCAGCGAUCCCGACCGGGUGCUAAAUGAGGCCAAGAUCAUGAAGAAUCUGUCCCAUCCGUGCGUGGUUCGCAUGCAUGACAUCGUGGACAAACCGGACUCGGUCUACAUGGUGCUGGAGUUUAUGCGGGGCGGUGACUUACUCAACCGGAUCAUCAACAACAAGCUGCUGAGCGAGGAGACUUCAAAGCUUUACUUUUACCAAAUGUGCCAUGCCGUAAAGUACCUUCAUGAUCGGGGUAUCACACAUCGCGACUUGAAACCCGACAAUGUGUUGCUAGAGACCAACGACGAGGAGACCCUGCUGAAGGUCUCCGAUUUCGGGCUGAGCAAGUUUGUGCAGAAGGACUCGGUGAUGCGGACGCUCUGCGGCACUCCACUCUAUGUGGCACCUGAGGUACUGAUAACAGGCGGUCGGGAGGCCUACACCAAAAAAGUAGACAUCUGGAGCUUGGGCGUGGUGCUCUUUACUUGUCUGAGUGGCACACUGCCCUUUUCAGACGAGUACGGAACACCGGCAGCCCAGCAGAUAAAGAAGGGCAGGUUUGCCUACGGACAUUCUGCAUGGAAGGGCGUCUCGCAGCGCGCCAAGCUGCUGAUCAACCAAAUGCUCAUUGUGGAUCCCGAAAGACGACCCUCAAUCGAUGACGUCCUGCAGUGCACCUGGCUGCGGGAUGCGCAAGUGCUGCAGAAGGCGAAGAAACUGAUGAAGCUGGAGGGCAUGGAGAUCGAGGAGGAGGAGAAUAACUUUCUCGAACCGCCCACUAAGCGAUCGCGACGUUAACUUGUGCUAUUUAGAUUCUAUCGUUAAUGCCUGAUGGUCGAGGCGUGAAAAGGUUUUAAUUUUCUGGGAAAAUUAAGCGAUAACAUUUUUUUCCAAAUCGCCGACACCGCCGCAUUCGAGUGCAUAGGCUACUCAAGUAUUUUUUUGCGGUUGUUUAUUUUUACGUGUUGUCUAGUGUAAGUUUCAUCAUGCCCAAAUAUUCCUGUUAAACUGCAUUUAUUUUUGGGCCUUGCAUUCAUAAUUAUUUUAAGCUUCUUAUCUAUCUGAAAUCUGUCAUUCCAUUGGGAUAUAAUUACUUUAUAUUUCCGGUAAUUGUUAAGAAACUAAAAGUGGUAUGCUUAAGAAUUUAAUUUGACUCUUCAACGAACCAUUGAGCUUUUUGAAAUAAAGCAAUUGAAUUUGUUUAAGUAA